AUGAUCUUCUUCUUCUUCUUCUUCUUCUUCUUCUUCUUCUUCUUCGUUUUCUUCUUCUUCAUCUUCAUUUUCUUCUUCUUUUUCUUCAUCUUCUUCUUCUUCUUCGUUUUCGUCUUCUUUUUCUUCUUCUUCUCGUUUACUUCUUCUUCUUCGUUUUCUUCUUAUUCUUCUUCUUCUACUCAUCGAAGCUCAGACUAUAUAUCAUUUUCAUUCAUCACCAAUUUCCGCUUCCUGUCUUUCUUCUGUUUAUUUCCUCUUUGUAAACUCCCCUCUCUCUCUCUCUAUCUCUCUCUCUCUCUUUCACAUCUCUUUCCAUUUCACUUUUGUCUUUUUACCUCCCCUUUCGCUUUCUUUUAUUUCUUUAUUCAACAGACUUUCCUCCUUUUCUUUUUGGCUGUCACUCGUUAUUUCUUCUUUUAUUUUUCCUUCAUUUUAUAUUUCCUUUCUCCUGUAAUCUUUUACUUUUCUUUCUCUUUUCUUUUUUUCUUUUUUUUCUCUUUUUCACUUCUCUGUUCUCCUCUCACUAAUUUUCCCAUUGCUUUCGGGGUUCUUUUUAUACUCGUCUUCUUCCACGUUCAUUUUUCGUUUUUCUUCUAG